AUGGGACUGAACCAUGCAGAACAAAGCACAAAUUUAAGAGCAAGAAAGACCAAAAAGACUCUGGAUCUGAAAAUUAAAAGCACAAAAAGAUGUAAACAUGGAUGGCAGUAUGGAGAUGUGGUUAUCAAACUUUUCACCAUCCCUCACUUGACGAAAGGAAAUUGCGGCUUGUCAAGGCAAGAAACUCAAAGCAAAACAUGUAAGUCUGGUCGUUCCACAGAUGAAGCAGACCUGCUUGGGAAGGAGUUCUUCUCUUGGGAGGAUUUCAGCAUUUUUUUCGAUGAUUGGUGUGAACAAAAAAAUGGCCUUUUCUUUAUUGAAAAGUUUGUACUUUUAAGUAAAUCGAAAUUUGGCUCCGACCCAGUUGAGCCUCAGAUGGUUGAAACUCUGCAAUAUAAUUCUGUCCGUCUCAGCUGCAGGAACAUCAACGGAAUGAAAGGCGUUGGGCCAUACAAGGUAAGUAAAGAAGAUAAUGGCUCAGAAGACUGGAGACCAAAGCAUAAUCAGAGUUGUGGAGCCUAUAUCCUCUUAAAGCUAAGCCACAAAAGGAACAGCCUUGUCAUCAAAGAGUGCAAACUGACUCACUGCCAUGAACAAUGCCCCGUGGCCUUUAAAUACUACUUUAAAAAGGGCCACUUGUUCGCUAAUUCAUGUCUGCCGGUACGCAGUACUAAUGAAAUCUCAAAGCAGUUUAUUAGUGCUCAGGUUAUUAAACGACUCUUAUCUUAUUGCAAAGGCCCAGGCCAUGGUGUCAUGGACACACUGAGUGCACUAGAUUACCUUUUCCAAAGCGAUUCCUGUGCAAAAGUAAAGCUGGUGUUCAUGGAGGACAAAGUUAUUGUGAAGACGGUAUUUAUGGUUACUUCUUUCAUGGUGUCCUUGUGCCGGCGCUUUCCCGUCAUAUUGUUUUUUGACAGAAUUAUGAGUUUUAACGAAGAAUAUGAACUUUACGGUUUCUUCUGUGUAGGUGCAAACUCAAAAGCAAGGGAUUGUGCCUAUGUGAUUACCCAAAAAGGAACUGCUAACCUGCGCUUUGCCCUUGUUUCACUUGUUCAGGCCAUACCAGACAUUAAGUUUCAGGUUCGAUGUGUCAUCCUUGGUUUGGAUAUGAACGAGAAGGAAGUGGUAAAGGAAAUUUUUCCUAACGCUCAGCCUCAGCUGAUCCGUCUGCAGGUUCUGCAAAAGCUCUGUAACAAGGCUGUGGAAAUGGGCGCUGAUGAAGAAAAGGUAAAGCCCUUACUCAGCGAUAUGGCUUCUUCUACUUCCUUGGAGAAAUACUUCCAGGCUGUAAAGGAUAUGGAUCUUUAUUUUACAAGUGAAUUUAUUGAGUAUUUUUUGCAUGAGUGGCAUGAGAACUGUGAAUUGUGGGUUGAUAUAUGUGGUUAUAAAACCACACACCUAGACCCCACCAUGCUCCUCUCUUAUCGUAAAGAGGCGAUUACUGCUGCUGUGUCUGACAAUGCCUCGAUGGCUGAUUGUAUUCUACGUCUCAUGGUGCUGGAAACCGUAAAACAAAAUGAGGAUGAUGUAGCCAUUGGCUACUACUCUGUAUGCAGCCCUGGCAAUGCUAGUUUGAUUGAAGAAGAGCUAGGAUUUUCCAGGCAUGGUUCUUACCAUAUUAACGACACUUCUGAUGGUUUCUUGCUGAGUGAUGGUGUGUAUGAAUUUUUCAUGGACAGGGAACUAGUGACUUGCAGCUGUACCAUUCACAGUUCUCGCUUGCUUCCUUGCAGACAUUUGUUCGCAGCUCGUUUCAGAAAUGGAGAGGCACUUUUUGAUUUGAAACUGCUUGAGAAACACAAAGAUUCUUUUAACAAAGCAAGUGUAGUCAAAUAGACUCGCUUACUAACAUAGAUGCUACAUUGCAUGAACGGGGUAGCCAACAGCAGCAAUUUGUACAUUAUAUUGCAAAUUGGAAAUACAAGCAAAGAUCUGAUUGGUCGCUAGGUGUAACUGUAAGUGCAGUGUACCCCAUAUGUCCUGAAAUCAGAGCCUCUGUAAAGAAUAUAUGGUUAGAGGGAAAGUAAAAGCCCUUUAAA